CUGCAGAUCAUACCUGUGAAGCAAAUGGCUGUGGAAAAUGACUCCUCUGUGACUGAAUUUAUCCUUAUGGGAUUAACAGACCAACCUGAACUCCAACUACCUCUGUUUUUUCUGUUUUUGGUGAACUAUGUGGUCACUGUGGUGGGCAAUUUGAGCUUAAUUAAUUUAAUUUGCCUGAAUUCACACCUUCACACCCCCAUGUACUUUUUCCUCUUCAAUCUGUCCCUGAUUGAUCUCUGUUAUUCAUUUGUCUCUACCCCAAAAAUGCUGAUGAGCUUUAUUUCAGACAAGAACAUCAUCUCCUUAAUGGGAUGCAUGACUCAGUUAUUUUUCUUCUGCUUUUUUGUCAACUCUGAGUGCUAUGUGUUGACAGCCAUGGCCUAUGAUCGCUACGUGGCCAUCUGUAAACCUCUGUUAUACACCAUUACCAUGUCCCCUCAAGUCUGUUCUCUGCUGAUGUCUGGUUCAUAUGUGAUGGGUUUUGCUGGUGCCAUGGUCCACACAGGGUGCAUGAUCAGGUUGAUCUUUUGUGACUCCAGUGCCAUUGACCAUUACAUGUGUGAUAUUUUUCCCCUCCUCCAGCUCUCCUGCAGCAGUACCUAUGCCAGUGAGCUGGUUAUCUCUGUUAUUGUGGGCUCAGUUGUCAUUGCAUCUAGCCUCAUUAUCUUUAUUUCUUAUUUUUUGAUUCUUUUCAAUAUCCUUCACAUCUCAUCAGCUCAGGGUUGGCCCAAAGCCUUCAGCACCUGUGGCUCCCACAUAGUAACUGUUGGCUUGUUCUAUGGAUUUGGGUUGCUCACUCAUGUCAAGCCAUCAUUUUCUGGGUCUGUGAGCCAAGGGAAAUUUUUCUCCGUGUUUUACACCAAUGUGGUACCCAUGCUCAACCCUUUCAUUUAUAGCCUCAGGAAUAAAGAUAUCAAACUUGCUCUGAAGAAAACCCUGAAGAGAAUUACAAACUGAGUAGAACCAUCUAUAUCUCCUUUCCUAUGUCUUUUUGUCUGCUCUCUGGUCUUCACCCUCUUCUUAU